AUGCUGGACGUCACAAAGGACAAGAUCAGGGAGGCUGCGGAACAGAAGAGAAGAGAGUACGAGAAGCAGGAAAGGGAGAAAGAUGAGCAGCUAAGACAACUGCAAGUUGAGGCAAACAGUAAGAGGGCAGAACUUCUCGGGUAUCGAUUCGGGUAUAUUCGCGGGCAACGUUACUUCGCAAACCUGGACAUUCGCGAUAUAAGACAAGAAGGCGUGAGAAUCGGGCUGUUUGGACCCGCAGGAUCGGGGAAAAGCAGUUUCAUCGUCACUUGUGAGAGGGCUCUGAGGCCGUACCUAUGCAAAGGCACUGCUGGUAUCCAGGAUGCCGGUGGGGAGGGUACCAUCAUUCUGGAAGAAUGCUUAAAGGAACUCGGCAGUGACUUUUGUCUUGUCGACACUCGAGGUUUCUUCAGACAUGACGCUGAUGAGUUUACAGCCCUGACCAACAUAGUUUAUGGACGGAUUGAACCUGGACAGCAUAUCACAUUUGAUCGCCGAGUGGACAACGUAGGAUCAGAAGCUUAUUUUUCUAAAUGGCUCCACGCCAUCAUCAUUGUUCUUUCGGCAACUGACCCCCGUCUACAAGAUGGCCACACUCAUCGGAACAAUUUAAACGUUGUACGCGAGUUCAUGCGCCCAAGAGGGAUAGCUCCAAUCACGGUCAUCACUCACCACGACAAGAUAGGGAAAGGUGAAGAGAGAGACAUCUUGACCAAGGCGUCCACAGCAACAGGUAGCUCUCGUGACCACACAUUUUUUGUCACCAACUACCACGAGGACAAGAAAGACAGAGAUUAUAACACCGAAAUCGAAGCAAUGAAAGUCAUGAAAUCAGCACUUAAUGUCGCUGAACGCUUCGUCAGGAUCCACAAGCAACAAGAAGUGUACAAGGAAGUGGAUAAAGCGAGAUCAAGUCAGCGUGGGACAGAGGCUGUUGAGGACUUCUUCCGACGCCUUUCAGCCAAGAGGCACAUUCCCUUUGGAAGAUUUCAACCCAUUAUCGACGUGUUGAAGAGGGAGGACAUCACAACGUCCCAGUCCCUCUGUGACAACUGGAGAGACGUCCAAUACACAGUGUCAAUGAGUGACCCAAUGAAGGACUACAUCGACGAAGAAUUAAGUAGCACAUUACAAAACCUUCAUCUGUAGGUUCUGUACCGUACACAAAAAUGAUAUCGAUCGUUUCUGCUGGUGUUAUUGUUAUGGCACCCCCAUGCACGCCCGGGUCGACAGAAGAGACGACGGUGGAGUUUUCUUACGUAAGGUUAAGAGUGGUUUCAAACACAAAUGAACCAAUACAGAUAAUGUGUUGCCUGAUCCCUACGUCAAAACAUUGUUAAGGAAUGCAAUAAGUAGUGCAUGUUAACGGGACAUGACAGAAGCAACAAACCAAACAAUGCAGAAAUAGCCAGCCAUUUCAAAUUAAAUUAAGAAUUUCAUUAGAAGCAGGAAUGUACACGUAUAAACAUAUCUAUCGUGUAUAAUUGAUAACUGUGUAACUAUUUGACUACUCAUACAUGUAGGUCGUAGAGGCUAGAAACGUUAUCAACUAUACACGUUAUAUAGUCGUUGUUGUCGACUACACAUGGUAUUUGUUCCUCUAAAUGUGCAUAGCUUUGUAGGAAAACGGGUGAACCAUUCGAAUUUCUAUAUUUUUUGGUCGCAACUUUAAAAGUGAUGUAGAAAUAUUUAAGGCGAAUAUAGUGCGAGGCUAGACAAAAAAGAAAAUCAAAAAGCGUGUGCUGUCUUAUUUGAGUGUGAAUUGAACUGA